AUGUCUUCCCCAACAACCACCAUGUUCUCAUUUCUCCUCCUUCUCUCAGUUUCUCUCUCUUACGCAACUCCAACAGUCUACGAAGUUCUAGAAAGCUAUGGAUUCCCAGUCGGUAUACUCCCAAAAGGCGCAACUGGGUACGAAAUCAACGAAGAAACGGGAGAAUUCAAGGUAUUCUUAGACCAAACUUGUAAAUUUAGCAUUGAAGGUUAUGAUUUGGAGUAUAAAUCUACAAUUAGUGGUGUUGUUUCUCAGAAUCGUAUAACUCAUUUAAAGGGUGUGAGUGUUAGGAUCUUCAUUCUUUGGCUUACAAUCGGUGAAGUUCGUAAAACUAAUCAUGAUCUUGAAUUUAUUGUUGGAAUUGCUUCUGCUAGUUUUCCUCUUGAUGGGUUUCUUGAAUCGCCUACUUGUGGAUGUGGAUUUGAUUGUGAUGAUGAUAAGAAAUAUGUUGUAGAUGUAAGUAAUUUGAUGUCUUCUUGA